GAGGCCGGAAGCGGCCUGCCGCUGCCGGUGCCCUUCUGCCGCGCACGCCGCGCCUUCCUCCUCCUCCUCUUCCUCCUCUUCCUCAUCUUCCUCCCCGCGGGGCCCGGGGACGAGCCAUGGCGGCACACAUCAUCGUCCGCGCGCGAGCCGGAACCCACGCAGUCCUCCGAAGCUGCCGCUCCUCCCAGUUGAUCCAGUCCUUUCCGAAACCGACCCUUCUCCUCGAUCCCCGGCUGAGCUCCACCCAGACGCUGCUCCUCUCCCGAGGCUUCGCGGUAGAGGCCAAGAAGACCUACGUACGGGACAAACCUCACGUCAACAUCGGCACCAUCGGUCACGUCGAUCAUGGCAAAACCACCCUGACAGCAGCCAUCACUAAAAUUCUGUCAGAGGGCGGAGGUGCAAAGUUCAAGAAAUAUGAGGAAAUUGACAAUGCCCCGGAGGAGAGAGCCAGGGGGAUCACUAUCAAUGCGGCCCAUGUAGAAUAUAGCACGGCUGCCCGCCACUAUGCCCACACUGACUGCCCCGGGCACGCUGACUAUGUUAAGAAUAUGAUCACAGGCACAGCCCCGCUGGAUGGUUGCAUCCUGGUGGUAGCUGCCAACGACGGACCCAUGCCCCAGACCCGGGAGCACCUGCUGCUAGCCAAACAGAUCGGGGUCCAGCACGUCGUGGUGUUCGUGAACAAGGCGGACGCCGUGCAGGAUUCUGAAAUGGUGGAGCUGGUGGAGCUGGAGAUCCGGGAGCUGCUCACGGAAUUUGGUUACAACGGGGAGAAGACGCCCGUCGUCAUUGGCUCUGCUCUCUGUGCCCUUGAGAACCGGGAGCCGGAACUGGGGGUGAACUCUGUGCUGAAACUGCUGGAUGCCGUGGACACCCACAUCCCCGUGCCCACCCGGGACCUGGAUAAGCCUUUUCUGCUGCCCUUGGAAUCUGUGUAUUCCAUUCCUGGCCGAGGCACAGUGGUGACAGGGACCCUGGAGCGUGGGACGCUGAAGAAAGGAGACGAUUGUGAGUUUUUGGGCCACGGCAAGAACCUGCGUUCCGUGGUCACAGGAAUCGAGAUGUUCCACAAGAGCCUGGACCGGGCCGAGGCCGGGGAUAACCUCGGGGCCCUCGUGCGGGGGCUGAAGCGGGAGGACCUGCGGCGGGGCCUGGUCAUGGCCAAGCCGGGCUCCAUCCAGCCCCAUCAGAAAGUGGAGGCUCAGGUGUACGUUCUCAGCAAGGAAGAGGGUGGCCGCCACAAACCUUUUGUCUCCCACUUCAUGCCAGUCAUGUUUUCCCUCACGUGGGACAUGGCCUGUAGGGUAAUCCUGCCCCCGCAGAAGGAGAUGGCCAUGCCUGGAGAGGAUGUGUCACUAACUCUGGUCCUGCGCCAACCCAUGAUCCUCGAAAAAGGUCAGCGCUUCACCCUCCGCGACGGGAACCGCACCAUCGGCACGGGCUUGGUCACCGGGACGCCCGCCCUGACCGAGGAGGACAAGCUCUACAAGUGGGGCUGAGGCCCCGGACUCCUUCCUUCCCUCCUUCCCUCCCGUCUCGGCCCGGCGGCGGCAAGCACGACCGGACGUCCCCCUCCAUCCCGGCCGAGGAGAUGAGCUCCUUCCGCUACUCUGAUCAAGAUGCCCCAAGAUGGGGAAGGUGCCCGAGCCAGUGUCUGUUGAGGGUGGGGUGUGUUGGAGAAAAUAAAGUCGUGAAUGUGAGA